GUGCAUUCAUACAGCUUAUCUCCUACUCACCCUGAGCUCUAUCGCGUGUAGUUACUAAAGUGACGUUAAUCUGCUACAUUUACUACGUUUACGCCUUCCUCUCCCCUUUACUCAACACAUUUUUUUCCCCUCUCUCUCACUUACAAAAUCUCGACCUCAACAACUCUACCCACACAACCUGACUUUCCAACCCCGAAAUUUCUACCACGACAAGUCGUUCACUACCAUGGACACGGCGCAAGAGAAGAUCCUCACGCUUGUCGCUGCGGGGUCUGAUGGCAGUAAAGCCAGCUCGCAAGACGAUCGUGAGGCAAAAACACUUCGCAACCAGCAAGAGUCUCCGUUCCUUCGCCUGCCCGCUGAAUUGCGCAACAAGAUAUAUGGCUAUGUUUUUAACAAUGAGCUAGUGAACCUCUACAUUACAGGAGAACCCGAAAAGUCCUGCUUUGGGUGUGAAAACUUCUAGGGUGUUUAUAUGGACCACGACCUUGCGCUCACCAAAACCUGUCGCCAAAUCCAUGCCGAGGCGCACCUCCUACCGUCUACACUAAGGGAGUUAUCUGGAUGUCCUCAUUCUUUGGUCUCGGGUAUUACGAACGACUCCCACAAGGCUCAAGUUAGUGC